CCCAUUUCACAUUGUCACCAUUCUAGUAGAAACUCCAACUUUUCUCAAUAUAUACAAUUAAAAUGGCACGUACCAAGCAAACAGCUCGCAAAUCCACAGGUGGGAAGGCACCAAGAAAGCAACUGGCCACCAAGGCUGCCAGGAAGUCAGCUCCAGCGACCGGAGGAGUGAAGAAGCCUCACCGUUUCAGGCCAGGAACUGUUGCUCUUAGAGAAAUCAGAAAGUACCAGAAAUCUACUGAGUUGUUGAUAAGGAAAUUGCCGUUUCAGAGGCUUGUGAGGGAAAUAGCACAGGAUUUCAAGACAGAUCUGAGGUUUCGGAGAGCAAAGGUUGUUCUUGCUCUCUGGUCCGCCGAGGCGUAUCUCGUUGGGCUCUUUGAAGAUACGAAUCUCUGUGCAAUUCAUGCUAAGAGGGUUACCAUUAUGCCUAAGGAUAUUCAGCUUGCUAGGAGGAUUCGUGGUGAAAGGGCUUAGGAAGAAGAUUGUUGUUGUGGUUAAAGUUGAUUAGUGUUUAUCUGUUUGAUGUUUUUGAUGUAAAUCAGUAUUCUAGAUCUAAUCAAUGAAAUUUGUAGUA